ACACAUCUACCUAAAGCAGGUCACACAUCACCUGCGGGCAGGUAACCGUACCUGAGAUUGAACUACUAACGAUGACAACGACGGAUGAUUCUCUGCUUCGUACUACUACCCCCCAUUCUGUUUCCCCAUGUUCUUUUUUAUACAGCCACAAUUUUGUUCCAGCAUGGCUUGGUGUUGGAUGUUCAUAUUUUGAGAUCUGGAGGGGUCUGUUUACUGAGAUUGGAUCACGUAUGGUUUGGUGGUGAGAUUGGUAGACUGGAUGUGGAGAUAUGUGAUAUGAAAUUACUUUCAUAUUGGAUAGAACCUUUCUCCCCUUGUUGUAAUGAUGAUGUUUGCUAUACUAUUCACUUUACCUUUAAAUAUAGUCAGCGCCCUUUAAGAAUAUAGCUAGUGAGCCUUUUUUUCCAAGAACAGAAAGGCUGACCUCCCUCGACGGAGGUACAGUCACGGGAUUGAAUAUUGACCUAUUUUUGAUCCUACAGGCCAGCCAGUCCUUUUGAACUCUAGGGAGCCGAUAGCAAUGAGGGUUGGCCAUGUUUCUAAUGCUCUAAUGGCCAAUGACACGGG